CAUAGAAUAAUAAAAAAAAUUUAAGACUGCACAUAAAUAUUAAAUAGGGCCAUUGAGAGGCUCGGCGAAUAAAAGCAUUUGCCAUGCUAAUCUGACUGCCUGAGCUGAAUCUCUGGAACCCACAGUGGAAGGAGAGAGUCAGUUGCCAAAGAUCGAUUAUUUUUGGGCCUCCAGCACCCACAUAGACAAUAAAAUAACUAAUGUUAAAAUUUAGUAAACUUUCAAGUUAGUUGGAGGAAAAUGUAAAGUUGUACUCAAUGUUUAAGCAGUGUAUUUUAAUACCUGCUUAAAUAAAUUGUGUCACUAAAAUAAAUUAUUAUACAUUCUAAAAUCCCAAUUUGCUUUCUGUUUGAACAGUCUUUGGGACUCACACACAGAAGGUGUCUGCUUGGUGCACCUUAGGUGGUGUCUGCCUUUGCAUGAGUUCAUGGCCAUCUGCCUUCCUGCUUGGAGAUUUCCUCUCCUUUCUCCUGAGUUCCAGCUCAUUCUGUACUGAGGAAAUAGAACAUGGGACUACAGAAGUCCAUCUUGUCUUUGUGAUGGUGCUCUUAUGGUAUAAAUCAUAGGUUCCACUUGGAACAGGAUGGGGUGAGUGGGUGUGGGAAAAGGAGCAAUAGAAUUUAUGUCCAUGUAUUGUAACAAUAUGUUUAAAAGGAGUUGUAUUUUUAGGUAAAGUGACUUGUUUUGGAGAGCACCAUUAGACAGGGAAAGGACUUCUGUGAGCUAACAGCCUUUUAACUGUCUCCCUAUGGUACAGUUAGAGCAGUAACAGCACAGGAGUGACUAUAGCCAUUUAGGGUUUUGUACAGGUCAAAUCCCGUUACAGCAAAGUUCAUAGGAUGUGAAAAUUCUUCAUUUGUUCUGACAUUCUAUAGUGUGUUAGCAUGUAAUUAUCAGACAAUAGAACUUGUUUCGUUCAUAAAUUUCCUUGAAUGAAAAAAAAAAGUACAAAGACCUUUAAAGAGACAUGUAGCCCCAUUUGGUCUCUUGAUUCACGUGCAGCUAGUUCCCCAUCCUGGCGUUGGCGGCUAGUCCGCUCUGAGGCACUUGGUGACUCCUUGAGCAUGUUUGUCAUGUGCAGCACAGUGCAGUGCGUGCUUGCCUACACCAGCCACAGCAAAGAAGCAUCAGGACUUUUUUGUGUGCUUUGAGGGAGCACUGACAGUAGAAAAGCAGAGCCCAUCAUUCAUUAGAAAUCCAUAGAUCCCUUGAGAUGGACUGCUGUGUUUGUCCACACAAUGGGGUCAGUGCCAGAGUGCCCUGGGUAUAAGAAGCGGUAAAGCUUUCUGAUCCCGAGUCACUCUGUCCUCAGGCUGACACACUGUCACCAAAGGGCAAGAACUAUUGGUAUAUUUUAGGUUUUUUACCUUUCAUUGUAACGGGAUUUAACCUGUAACAUCUAGAUUUUCAUCAGGGAAAUGCAGAUUACACAAAUAAAAAUAGCACACCAUGUUUGUACUGACUGUUCUGUUCAGAUGCACUCACCCGCAUGUUAUGAUUACUAUUAUAUAUGUGUAAGCACCACUGUUAGGAGCCUUUGCAGAUAGCUUUAUGAACAUGGAUGUUUAUAUUGUCUGCUUUUAUAAAGAAGUAAGAUAAAUGUAUCUUUUAUACCAAACACAUUAAGAUAUCUGUUGGAAUAUUAUUUGGUAUAUGAUGGUGAGAGCGGUUGCUUUAUCAAAGGGUGUUUUGAAUGCUGCUAGAGUAGCUGGUGUUGCUUAACGUGGCAUUUUUUUUUCCUGUCCACACUUUCCACCCUUGGUACAGGUGUUUUUGAUAAAGCUGUGGAAUGGCAAGGUAUGUUUUUAUGGGAUGUUCAAGAAUCUGUUAGCUUAAAAUUCUUUUAUGGAGGUUUCCUUUACAGGAUUCCUUUUGGGUUUGGCUCAAGUAAAUCUGAUGUAAUUGUUAAGAACUGUUUUGAAGGCAGGUGACUGUACAAUUUUGACAAAACUCUUAUAUUUCUGAUUUUAUUUUUUCCCUUCCCAUUAUUAACUAAGACAGUGUUUUGGUUUUAAAGCACUUGGGGUGGGGGGAGCUUUAAGAAAUAGCCCAAGUUCUUAACCCCAGUCCAUGAUCCAGUCUGUUGUUAUUGUUAGAAGCCUGGUUGCCAGUAAUUUGUAAUUUCAUUAAGGAAACUGAUGUAAAAGUAGCUCCUAAUGUGUCAGUUAUCAGCUAAUCCUAGGGCUUUCUUAAAUGCACAGUCCUCUAUUUACAAGAGGAAGAGUUGAGAUUGGACUUCGACUGGUUGGAGCCGAGGGCUAGUCUGGUCAAGUGGCAGGUGCAUAGAGCUCACCCUAGCCUUAUCACCUGCUUACUGCUAUCCUCUGUUCAUGUUCUCUGCUGCCUGCAGCCCUCCACAGGCGUGUUGACAUUCCUGUUUUGCAGGUUCGCUUGAGAGAACCACAUAGCUAAUUCAGGCAGAGCUUUAGAAGGCCCGAUUGGAAGAGAGCACUCUCUAGUGACUUUCCUCUAACAAUGAAAUUGUGAAAGGUACAUGGGGACUGCCAUGAGAGGCACAGCUAUUUGGUCUCAGCAGUACAACCCUUUCCUUGUAAAAUGAUGAAGUAUUUGAAGGUUUUGGCACAAGUGCUGGAGACUGCUGGUGCCUUUAGACUACGCUGGUCACCUGGGGGGCCAGAAGCCCUUGUUAAAUAUCUGAGGUGUUUUGUGAACACCCGUUCUGUGGUUGCAAAGUUAGUGUCUGCUCAGAGUGCUCCAUCUCACCGGAAGUGUUUGCUUUUUCUCAUUCAUAGAGGUCCUGUAAUAAAGAGGGAUCCGAACAAGCUCAGAAUGAAAAUGAAUUUCAAUUUCCACUGUAGGAGGCGCCGAGGAGACUGCUCCCAGCCUACAGGGGAGAGGACUACAGCAGAUGACAGACACCUUGAGGGCCUUCGCUUGAGCUCCCCUGAGAGUCUCUGCAGUAUCGGUCUUCAGGGGGCUGAAGCAAUGGUUCUGGAGAGUGUUAUGUUUGCCAUUCUUGCAGAGAGGUCACUUGGGCCAAAACUCUAUGGCAUCUUUCCGCAAGGCCGACUGGAGCAGUUUAUCCCGAGCCGGCGAUUGGACACUGAAGAAUUAUGUUUACCAGAUAUUUCUGCAGAAAUAGCUGAAAAAAUGGCCACAUUUCAUGGUAUGAAAAUGCCAUUCAAUAAGGAACCAAAAUGGCUUUUUGGAACAAUGGAAAAAUACCUGAAUCAAGUACUAAGACUUAAAUUCAGCAGGGAAGCCAAAGUUCAACAACUGCACAAGUUCCUCUCUUACAACCUGCCUCUCGAGCUUGAGAACCUGAGGUCAUUGCUGCAGUAUACUAGAUCCCCAGUUGUAUUUUGUCAUAAUGACUGUCAAGAAGGUAAUAUCUUAUUGUUGGAAGGCCAAGAGAAUUCUGAAAAGCAGAAGUUGAUGCUCAUUGACUUUGAAUACAGCAGUUACAAUUACAGGGGAUUUGACAUUGGAAAUCAUUUCUGUGAAUGGAUGUAUGAUUAUACCUAUGAAAAGUAUCCUUUCUUCAGAGCAAACAUUCAGAAGUAUCCUACCCGAAAACAACAGCUCCAUUUUAUUUCCAGUUACUUGACUACAUUCCAAAAUGAUUUUGAAAGCCUCAGCAGUGAAGAGCAGUCUGCUACAAAGGAAGACAUGUUGCUUGAAGUCAACAGAUUUGCCCUUGCCUCUCAUUUCCUCUGGGGACUUUGGUCCAUUGUACAGGCCAAGAUCUCAUCCAUUGAAUUUGGGUACAUGGAAUAUGCCCAAGCCAGGUUCGAUGCCUACUUUGACCAGAAGAGGAAGCUUGGUGUGUGAAUGGAUGGCUCCACUCUUCACCACUGGACUGCAGGAGGCGGCUGCACCAGGCCCUCAGUGGAGCGCUGCUGUGACCACUGCCCUGGGCAGAAGGCCUGGACGUCUCACUACUGAGCACCGAUGUGUAUGAUACUACAGACUAUAUUAAAGUGGAGUAACAUUUCUUUCAUCUUUGUUUACACUCUCACUAGGACUCUGAACCAUGAUUGGAAGCAGAAAUAUAGUGUGAUAGUGCAAUAGCUCAGACCCCGCCUAAGCGGGAGGCCUUUCGGCUACAUGGCUACAGCUUCAGCCACUUAGGCCCCAGCCAGACAGAGCAGUGCUGUGUGGGUACUGAGUGCUGACUUAGGAUAUUAAUGUGCUGCAACACGUUCGUGACCAGGCUUUGAAGGUGACAGUCUGACAAUGUGUUGGAGACACUCUGAAGGGCAAGUGAACAGACAUACUGUGAAAUGGCUCAACAGGAGGAGCCUGAAUUGUGGGGUCUGUGGAGGCAGCCAGUUGUUUCUGUACAGGGUACACUUGACUAUGGGUAUGCAUCUGCAGGCAGUAGCUGCAGCCCUCCUGUGCCUGUGUACGCAUGACUACAGGGGCCAGCAUCACUGACUGGCCAUAACUGCAGUGUCUCCUAACUGGGUGUGCUUUAUGCUUCAGCUUCCCGGGGAGGAGCAGUGGAGCCAGCUUCCUCACCCCUUCUUGCCUUCUCUCUGCCUGACCUGGAACUUGGGCUUCUGCCCAUUGCCCUCUGAAGCUGCUUCCCAUCUGAUGUCACUGGGAGACAGCAGCUGUAUGUAUGGGGUAUUGGGGUGCAGGUAGAUUAGAGCUGUGAAAUCCAUGUACAUUAAUACCCAAUGGGAUAAACCUAGAAUUUUUUUUUUUUUUACUCUGAACUCUGAAUUGUUUUGUGCACAUAUUUCUGCUACCACCGAGACUGUAUUAUACAGAUAAAUAAACAACUUGAAACUUA